UCUGAGGGCCGCUAGGGGCUGUGCUGGCCCCGCCGAGGCCGCCCGAGGGGGCGAUUUGGGCCCAAAAAGCACCAGUUUGGGAGCAACAGGUGGGUCAGCAGGGGCAGGAGCAGCCCGGACGCCUGGUCCCUCCCAGCGUCUGCGAGCCCCGGACGCCGUCGCGCCCCAGGGACGUCCCCACGGCGUCACCCCUUCCCGGACGCCGUCGCCCCGCGGGAGGGACCCCGGCAUCCGGGCCUGCUCUACCCACAAGGCCCCGCUGCCGGCGGCGGGCGGCUCCUCCCCGGGCGCAGGCGCAGCGCCGCGGGGACCCGGCUUCCGGCCCCGCGCAGAGCGCCAGGGCCCGCUGCCGGCGGAAGGCCCAACGGCGGCCGCGGCGCCCGGGUUCGGCCGUCCCGCGGGGACCCAAGGUCCCGCCGGGCCCCGGACUCGGCCGGUCCGGGAGGACCCAACGUCCUGACGUUCCCUGGACUCGGCCGGUCCAGGAGGACCCACCGUCCUGAAGGUCCUUGGACUUAGCUGAUCCAGGAGGACCCACCAUCCUGAAGGUCCUUGGACUCGGCCGGUCCAGGAGGACCCACCAUCCUGACGGUCCCUGGACUCGGUCAGUCCAGGAGGACCCACCAUCCUGAAGGUCCUUGGACUCAGCUGAUCCAGGAGGACCCAACAUCCUGACGUUCCCUGGACUCGGCCGGUCCAGGAGGACCCACCAUCCUGAAGGUCCUUGGACUUAGCUGAUCCAGGAGGACCCACCAUCCUGACGUUCCCUGGACUCGGCCGGUCCAGGAGGACCCACCAUCCUGAAGGUCCUUGGUCUCGGUCGGUCCAGGAGGACCCACCAUCCUGACGUUCCCUGGACUCAGCUGAUCCAGAAGGACCCAGCAUCCUGACGCUCCCUGGACUCCGUUGGUCCAGGAGGACCCAACAUCCUGACACUCCGCAGACUCGGCCGGUCCAGGAGGACCCGCCGUCCCACCACAGCCCGGAUACGACCGCUCCAGGAGGACCCACCAUCCCAUUGCACUCCGCACUCAACCACUCCAGGAGGACCCACCGUCCCUCCGCACCCUGGACUCAACCACUCCAGGAGGACCCACCGUCCUGCUGCUCCCCAAACGUGGCUGCUCCGGGAGGACCCAGCGUCUCAUCACACUCUGGACUUGGCCACUCCAGGACCCAUCGUCCCGUUGGUCCCCGGACUUGACCGCUCAAGGAGGACCUGCCAUCCUGCCACGGCCCAAACUUGACCACUCUGGAAGGCAGCUCCAUCCCGUUGCACCCCGGACUCAGCUGCUCCAGGAGGCCCCACCGUCCCACCGCUCCCUGGCCUUGACCGCUCCAGAAGGACCUGCCGUCCCAUCACACCCCGGACUCGGCCGCGCCACGGGGACCCGCCGCCCCGGGGGCCAUGGAGACCUGGCGCCAGUGCACCCGCUGGCUGGUGGCCGCCCGGGUGCUGCCCCCAGGCCACCGGGCCAACAGCCCCGGGGGGCGGGUGUCGGACCUGGCGCAGGCGCUGCGCGAUGGCGUCCUGCUCUGCCACCUCCUCAACACGCUGCUGCCCCACGCCGUGCACCCCCGUGACAUCAACCCCCGGCCCCAGAUGUCCCAGUUCCUCUGCCUGAAGAACAUCCGAACCUUCCUGGCCGCCUGCGCUGACAAGUUUGGGCUCCGAAAGCACCAGCUCUUCGGCGCCUUUGACCUCUUCGAUGUGCAGGACUUCGGCAAGGUGAUUGACACCCUCUCAACGUUGUCAUGGACCCCCAUCGCCCAGAGUAAAGGCUUCACGCCCUUCCCAGCCGAGGACAGCGUUGGGGACGACGAUGUCUACAGUGGCCUCUCAGACCUCAUCGACGACACGGCGGAGGAGGACGACGAUCUCUACGACUGCGUUGAGGCCGAAGGCGCCGAUGGUGACGACAUCUACGAGGACCUCAUGCGGACAGAGGCCCCCGGGCCCGCGCACAAGGCGCCCGGGGUGGACAAGCAGCUCUGCUGCCUCCAGGAGAUCCGGCAGACGGAGGAGAAGUACACGGAGACGCUGGAGUCCAUCUGCCAGCACUUCCUUCGGCCCCUCCGGCGCUUCCUGCAGCCCCAGGACCUGGAAAGCAUUUUCAUCAACAUCGAGGACCUGCUCCAGCUGCACCGGGUCUUCCUGGCAGAGCUGCGGGCGGCGCUGGGGGGGCCUGGGGGGGCCCGGGGGCUGCCCCCCCUCUUCCUCGCCUACAAGGAGAGGUUCCUGCUCUACGGCCGCUACUGCAGCCAGGUCGAAGCCGCCUCGCGCCGCCUCGACCAGCUGGCGACCGCCACCGACCUCCGCAUGAAGCUGCAGGAGUGCUCCCAGCGGGCCAACAACGGGCGCUUCUCGCUGCGGGACCUGCUCAUGGUGCCGAUGCAGCGGGUGCUCAAGUACCACCUGCUGCUCCAGGAGCUGGUGAAGCACACGCCGGAGCCCACUGAGAGGGAGAACCUGCGGGUCGCGCUGGAUGCCAUGCGGGACCUGGCACAGUGCGUGAACGAGGUGAAGCGCGACAACGAGACGCUGAAGCAGAUCACGAACUUCCAGCUCAGCAUCGAGAACAUGCCCCAGUCGCUGGCCCAGUUCGGACGCCCCAAGAUCGACGGGGAGCUGAAGGUUUCCAGCACUGAGCGGCGAACUAAGGCUGACAGGUACGGGUUCCUGCUGGACAAGGCCCUCAUCAUCUGCAAGCGCCGGGGGGACUCGUUCGAGGCGAAGGACAUCGUGGACCUGUACAGCCACCAGCUGCGGGACGGUGGGCUGGGCCCCCGCGAUGGCAAGAAGUGGACCCACACCUUCCUGCUGAUCGACACAGCUGGGCUGCAGGGCUACGAGCUCUUCUUCAAGACCCACGAGCUCAAGAAGAAGUGGAUGGAGCAGUUCGAGAUGGCCCUCUCCAACAUCUUCCCCGAGCAUGCCCUGGCCGACGGGCAUGAGUUCCAGAUGUUCUCCUUCGAGGAUACCACGUCCUGCAAGGCCUGCCAGAUGUUGCUGCGGGGCACCUUCUACCAGGGCUAUCGGUGCAGCCGGUGCCGGGCCCCGGCCCACAAGGAGUGUCUGGGGCGCGUGGGGCCCUGCGGCAAGAGCGGCUACGAUUCAGCUGCAGCCAGAAAGAACAAGCUGCAGCGGCCAGGCCCAGAGAAGAAGCGGGCUGACCUGGGGCUGCCCAAGAUGGAGGCGAGCCAGCCCUACAGCGGCAUCCCCCCGCCGCCGGGGAACAUGGGGCCCCCCUUGCGCCUCAGUCCUGGGGACGUUGUGGAGGUGAUGAAGGCGGAGGUCGAGCAGCUCUGGUGGCAGGGCAGGAGCGCGGCCACCGGUGAGGCCGGCUGGUUCCCCUGCUCGGCCGUCCGGCCCUACGUCUGCACGCCGCUCCCGGAUCUCUCCGUCUACCUCUGGUACGCAGGCCCCAUGGAGCGUGGGGAGGCCGAGCAGCUGCUGACGCCCCGCUCGGACGGCACCUUCCUGGUGCGGCAGCGGGUGAAGGACGCCGGCGAGUUCGCCAUCAGCAUCAAGUACCGCGCGGAGGUCAAACACAUCAAGGUCAUGGCAGUGGAGGGGCUGUACCGUGUCACCGAGAAGAAGGCCUUCAAGGGGCUGGUGGAGCUGGUGGAGUUCUACCAGCGCAACUCGCUCAAGGACUGCUUCAAAGCCCUCGACACGGCCCUGCAGUUCCCCUUCAAGGAGCCCGAGCACCGGGCCAGCCCCCGGCCACCCGGCGCCGUGCGCUACUUCGGCUCGGCCAAGGUCCGCUACGACUUCUGCGCCCGGGACCGCACGGAGCUGACGCUCAAGGAGGGCGACGUCAUCCGCAUCCUCAGCAAGAAGGGCCACUCGGGCUGGUGGAAAGGGGAGAUCUACGGGCGGGUCGGCUGGUUCCCCGCAAACUACGUGGAGGAGGAUUACUCCGAAUAUUGCUGACCCCCGGCCCGCGUCGCCCCCAGACCCUGAGAAUUUGGGGGGGGGGGACAGCACUGCGUCCCCCGUGAGGACAUCGGGGCCGGACAUGGAGACCACCCCCCCCCUGAUUAAUUUAUAACCCCCCCUUAAAUCCUCCUGCCCCACGGCGGCAAUAAAUGAGGAU